GUGGGCUUCGCGCCGUUGUCUGCUCUCAGUCCCGUGGAGCUCUCCAGCCCGGGGUUGCGGGGAAGGCUGUAGGUUCGCGAGGCUGCCUGGCUGAGCCGAGCGAGGGAAAUGGUCCCCGCUCCGCCACUCGCCGGUUGAGGACAGGCCGCCCAGGCAGAGUGGCAGGCCAGCCGCGGCACUAAAGGGUGUCCUAUCGUCCCGUCCUGCUGCUGAAUGUCGGUUCCAGAGGAUGAGGAGAGGCUUUUGCCGCUUGCCCAGAGAUGGCCCCGAGCGAGCAAGUUCCUCCUGUCGGGCUGCGCGGCUACCGUGGCCGAGCUAGCAACCUUUCCCCUCGACCUCACAAAAACUCGACUCCAAAUGCAAGGAGAGGCUGCCCUUGCUCGGUUGGGAGACAGUGGAAAAGAAUGUGCUCCCUAUAGGGGCAUGGUGCGCACAGCCCUAGGGAUUGUUCAAGAAGAAGGCUUUCUAAAGCUUUGGCAAGGAGUGACACCUGCCAUUUACAGACACAUAGUGUACUCCGGAGGUCGCAUGGUCACUUAUGAACAUCUUCGUGAAGUUGUAUUUGGCAAAAGUGAAGAUAAGCAUUAUCCCCUUUGGAAAUCAGUAAUUGGAGGUAUGAUGGCUGGUGUCGUUGGCCAAUUUUUAGCCAACCCAACUGAUCUCGUGAAGGUUCAGAUGCAAAUGGAAGGAAAAAGGAAACUUGAAGGAAAACCUUUGAGAUUUCGUGGUGUGCAUCAUGCAUUUGCAAAAAUCUUAUCUGAAGGAGGAAUUCGUGGGCUUUGGGCAGGCUGGGUACCCAAUAUACAGAGAGCAGCACUUGUGAAUAUGGGAGAUUUAACCACUUAUGAUACAGUGAAACACUAUUUGGUACUGAAUACACCACUUGAGGACAAUAUCAUGACUCAUGGUCUAUCGAGUUUAUGUUCUGGACUGGUAGCUUCCAUUCUGGGAACACCUGCUGAUGUCAUCAAAAGCCGAAUAAUGAAUCAACCACGAGAUAAACAAGGAAGGGGUCUUUUGUAUAAAUCAUCAACUGACUGCUUGAUUCAGGCUGUUCAAGGAGAAGGAUUCAUGAGUCUAUAUAAAGGCUUUUUACCAUCUUGGCUGAGAAUGACCCCUUGGUCACUGGUGUUCUGGCUUACUUAUGAAAAAAUCAGAGAGAUGAGUGGAGUCAGUCCAUUUUAAGCCCUUAAAGAUACAGUGUUCAGUAUCAUUGAAAUAUGGGCAUCAACAAAACACACCCCUAUUAUUUCUACCUCUUUAGGAAGACACCUUACUCCACAGAGACUGUGAUUUCUAGGGGGCAGCACUUUAUUUUUCUCUGGAAACCCAAGUUCUCUUUGACUCCUCUUUUUGUUCAAAAGCAAUCUGGUUGGAUUACACAAGGCCACCCAAUGAGAUCCAGCACAGAAUUUUCAAGAAGAUUUGAAUCCUGAGCACUUAUCUUGGGCGAGAAGAUUUGACUUUUGAGAUGCUAUUCUAUGCUGAGGAGCCUACUUAGAGAAGUGCCGAAAGGGAGACAGCAUCUCAGACCUGAAGUAGACAAUAGGAAUCUGGAAGAAUACAUACAUACAUAGUGAUUCAGAAAUAUAUUUAAACUGUUGUCAGUAAUUUCAAUUGAAAUUUGAUGAUUCCUUUUUCUGUUGUUAAAGUGCACAUACUGUAAAUUAAAAGGAGGUGAAUGAAAAUUCAUGAAUAAACAUUUCGAAUUUCCCUAGUGGUGAAGGAAGUUGAUGUACCUUUUCUUGCCAAGAGGACGAAAAACAUCAAGUUGAGAUGAUGUUUGGAUUUCAAGGACAGAAGGUUCUUCCUGUCAGUGUCCCAUCUUUAGUUACACCUGUGUUAUUGGCUAGCACUCCGCCGCACGUGCGAAGGACUUCCCGACAGCCACAGACUGAGUCUUGACGAACACAGAGAAGAGUGUUUGCUUUGUUACAUAUGCUAUUGCAACUAGAGUUUGCUGCUAGCCCCCAGGAAUCUUGAUAUAUAAAAAAUGCAGCUUGUUUGAUUAAAUCUUAGGAGGGUAGGUCCUUUUCAUAAGGCAACUCAUUAUCAGCCUUUCAGUGGCGUUUCAAAAGCAAAGCUGAGAUGAAGUCAGCCAAUUCAGACAGGCAUUCCUUCUCAUCUCUCCUUCCCUAACGCUAAGGGUGGGAGAGAGAGAGAACUCAGAAAUCACACUGAAGCUGCCUCUAGCCUGAAUCUUACCCAGUUUUGACAAGGCUGCCUGCCUAAAUAGUGAUAAGUAUAACCUGUCUAUGGUAUACAUUUAUGUCUCCAAUCAUUGAAUCAAAUCCCUUUUCUUAUUUUAGGAAGGUGAGAGAUUUCUUCAGAUUGACCUAUAUGCCACCUGUUCCCCCAACCUCAGACAGUGGGCCUUUCUAGAGGGAUGGAUACAGUUGUGGGUAGAGGCUGUAACUGUCAACAUAGGAAAACUCAAAAAGCUUAGACCCAAGAAACACCUUGGAGUUAACCAAACCGAGUUUGUUAUGGACAUAGAUGAUGUCGAACAAAAAAAGUUUACAAGUGCUCUGUGGUUGCACUAAUGUAUAAUCACUGCCAUUUAAAGGGAGAAGUAUACUUUAAAAUAUAUUUUAAUGUGAUGUGCUAAUAUGCAGCGGCUUAUUGUUUUUCUAUGACAUUUUCAGAAUGUGGAGUUUAAUCAAAAUCUGUUGGUGGUCUACUUUUCCAUUGCAUCUGUCAAUCUGUAUUGAAUUGAGUUGUUAAAUAUAUUUAAAAUAAUAUUAUGUACUUAAAUUCCCAGGUGUUCUGCAUUGGGACCACUUUUGGGAACUCUCUGGGUUUUCAUGUUUUGUAACUUUUAAAAUUAAGUAAAGACUGGAUCAAAAUAUACCAACUGGACCAUGAAAAAAUUUAUUUAGCUUUAUUCUCUGAAGGGCAUGGAGUGAAAACACUGCUUUAAGUACUGAGACUGUUCCUUGAUAUCUGGAUUCACCAUGAAUAAUUGGAAUUUUUUAACCUGAAGUGACUCCUUGGGAUCAUCUGGUUUAACCCUUUCAUUUUACAUGUUAUGAAACAGAAGCCCGGACAAGUACAGCUGCUUAUGCUCAUGGGUUACUUCACAGCAGAGCCUGGAUAAAAAUAUAGAUUUCCUAAUUAUUAUUAUAAUUUGCAGUUAUUAUAUACUAAUUAGGUACACAGUCAAUACUUUAUGUUAUCUUCACAACAGCCCAAUCCAGUGCUCUUAGAUCUUCCAAAAACAGAUUUUUCUUUAUGGCAUUUUUCUGUUUUAUACAUUUUUUUAAAAAUCUGAAUUGUCUUUAACACAAAUUUUAGAAUGGAGUUACCAUGCCUCAGCUUGAACAUUAAGAACCCCCACCAUCUGACCAAAUCCUUUAUAUCUAACACAUAUGUCUCUUCACAUUUCAUAUUUUUCCAGUGAAGUCAUAUUCGUUAAUGUGUCUUGGAAUUUGGCUUUAUCUUUACCAACUUGAAAUCAUCUUGAUCCUCUUCAAAAUAAUCCACAAUAAAUAAAAAGGAAUAAAAAUUUCAGUAAUUUUGUGUUCAUACUAAAACACUUACCCAUUUCAAUCUCACUUGCUGAUUAUACUACUGCUGUAGGUGAUAUUUAUCCUCACUCUUGAAUACCUAGCAUUUAAGUUUGUUUUGCUUAGCUUCCACAUUUUUCUCUUCCCAAAUGAUUUUUCCUCACUGAAAAAUAGUUAUUUUUAGUUAUAUACAAUUGUUUUUUAUAUGUAUAAGUGAAUUAACAAAUAUACCUAAAUAGAGAUAACAUUUCUUAAAUUUGCUUUUAGUAAGGAAUAAAGUGUUUUUAUCAAGUGUUCCAAGUCCUAGUUCAUUAUAAGCCAGUAGUGGUAGGACCAUGUCUUAUUUUUAUAUAAAUCUUUACUCUCAUUAGUAGCAUUUCUUUGCUGUUAGACACUCAACAAAAAUUGAUUAUAACUAUAUAUAACAUAAAUCAAUUAAUUUUGUCUUCAUUAUUUUAAGAAUCUAUCCUAGACGAGUCUGAAAUUUCUUUCACUUUGCUAAGAAAAAAAAGAAGGAAAUAAUUCAAGGAGGUUUUAAAUGUAAAAAAAAAUGCUGUUCUAUCAUCUUCACCUUUUUAAGCACAACCCUUCAUUUACAACUGAAAUAGUUUACAUGUUCUCCUUGUUAAUGAAAACAGAUUCCCUCAGAACCUCCACUGGGGGGAAAAAUGUGUAUUUUAUUUUAAUACAUGACGGUUAAAAAAUUGAUGGGAGGUAAUCAAUUCUUUUCUCCCCAAUUAAACCAUUGGGGUUUACCAAACAAAUGAUCACCAAACAAAUAUGUAUUAUUACUAAAUGCCAGGCAAUGUGGUGGGCAGAUUGACCAUGAAUUCUAAAGAACGUUAUCCAAUUCGGGUUCUACUUAUGACAAAGUAACUUAACUAUGAGCAAGUCCUUUCAUUUCUCUUGAUUUCCAUUUCUUUAUAUGAUGAAGGGACUGAACUCUAGAAUCUUCUAGAAUCUUAACUUGCAUAUACUUGAAGGUGGGCAUUAUACUGAUGUCAUGGGGAAAAAACAACAACAGGAUUUUUUAAAAUUUGUGGGGAUUUGCUUUUUCUUGGAUUUGAUUAACUUCUCAUAUUUCAAACUUGGUUAAGGUUUAUUCAAGCCUUAAAGUAUAAUACGAACUUUUUAUAUGGGUGGCCUGUUUCGCGAGAAAAUCCUCCUCACAGAGGAGCAGAGUCCUCUUCGUUCGGGCAACUCUGCACUUUACCCUUCGUUAUUACAUUCAACUGCUCCUCAUACCCAAUAAAAAUGAAAAUAUUUAAUGCCACGUCCAAGACCCUCUCCUUCUGACUCCAAGCCAUUUUCCUAGCCUUUGUAUUUCACUACAUACCUGCACUUGACCUCCUUGCAAACGCAUUGCUCCACUUUUUUCUCUGGAGACGCUCUUCACUUGGCUGCUUUUCAUGCAGUGUUCCUGCUGAGCUCCCCCCCUAAUUCUGCUCCCAUCACUAACCCCCAUUCAUGCUCAUUCGGGGGUUAAAGCCUACUUUAAUAUCCAGGAUUAUCUCUGAAGACUUCCACACUUUAGACACCUCUGUGCUCCUGCUGCUUGCCCAACUGAGGAUAUGUGUCUGUACACGGAUUUAUGCCUGCUUCUCCUAUACAGAACGAAUUGUUUGCAAGCAAGACCUUGUAAUACAUCUCUGAUUCCCUUAAAACUUCAAAUAGAAGCCACUCAGAAGGUAUUUGUUGCAUUCAGAGAUUUUGGGGGGCGGGUGGAGAGAGAAAAACAUUUAUGCACGCACGAUAAAGUCAUAUGUUGUUUUUCUCCUACCUUCAGAAUAAUUAUGUUGGGUCAGUAACACAUGACUUCAUAAGAUUCUUUAAUACUAACUGCUUAACUGCAUUUUCAAAAGAUUGUGUGUGUUUAAACAUUUGUAAUUGUUCUAAUGUUUAAGAAGUAUUUAACAGUUUAAUAGCUAUUCCACAAAAAAAUGAGAAUUUAAUAGUUUAAUACAAAAUAUAUGGUUGGUUAAUAGUUAAUGAUGUGACCAGUUUAUAUUAUUCUUCCUUUUACAGUGUGUAUGGAAAUUAUAUCACUAUUUUGGCCUUCAAUGGUAGCAUACAAAUACACAUUUACCCACUCAAGUGUUAUAUUAUUUCUGAAUCUUGAAGAAUACAUGAUUAUUUUUCUCUCCCCGUACUUUACCCCCAACAGGCUGCUGUGAUUGUCAACAGCAGCAGGAGCCACUUUGAAGGUUUGAUAAAAGCAGACGAAGAUGCUUAAAGAUGUCUGUUUGCUGAAAAUAUCUGGUAACAAACAGGAAUAUCUGUGAGUAAAUA